GGUUUCAUUAGGUUGGACUAAUACCACGUGUAGACACGCGUCAACAUGCCUCCCGAGUCGUCUCUAUUUGUAGGAGACACUGAAUACGGCCAAUUCAGCUCACCGGCGCCAGAAUCAAGCAUCUCCGUAGCCGAGCAGCCUCGGUCACAACGGUCAAUUUUCUCUGCGCCCUCUUCCUCCGCGUCAUCCGCGUCUACGCGUCAAUCGCAGCCGAAGAAGCGUAAACUACGCGCGCCUGAAACGUGGAAGCACUUUCGCGUACCUCAAGGAGACGAAGAGACACAUCAGAACAACCAGAGACUCUGGUAUUGUCAUCAAUGUCACAAUCCGCCAUGGCGAACAGUCUCGACCACAAGCGCCAAACGACAUAUGCAACAUGACCACGGCAUUAUCAUUGAUGACGAAGAAAGGCCAGCCAAGAAGGCACUCCAACAGUCUCUUGAAGUAGCAUUCACACGAGCAGAAGAGAAGAACCGAGCGAUGCUCUCCCGGGACGAACAAUCGGUCCUGCGGAAUACGAUCAAGCUUGACGCAUUCUAUGAAGCCCAAAUCCAGCUGAUCACGCGCCGCCGCCUCCCGCUCAACUGUGUCUCUUGGCCGGAAUACCAAGCGCUUCUUUGCGCAGUUAACCCGAGGGCCGAGGAGGUCCUUAUCCAUUCAGGUAACACGAUAUUAGCUCAUAUCGAGCGGUGACCGACGUAGCAUUGCGAUCAUCAAAAGCCCUGCCCGCUUUUCAAUUACCGAAUCACAUGCCGACAAGCCAAUACCAACCCUGCCCCUUUCGAGUUUCUUUGGAUGGUGAAAGACCAAGCUGCUUCCGACCUUUUCUUGUGGCAGCGAUGUCAGCGACUCUAGCAGCGCUGUUACCUCAGUCAUUCUGUCCAAUAGACAUAGGGUUUUCUGACGUGACAAGAAAUAUUGACACCUUAGAUGUGGAUGGGGCACUGUGAAGAUCCUUUUCUUAAAUUGAAAUGGCCCAUGGUGUCUUUGUGUGCCAUGAACACGCUGCUACACCUCGAGGGGGUAACCGAGCUUCCAGCUCUUGAGGCACACCAUUUCCCCCUGAAAAGCCUGUCAAGCACCUUAUCAGAAGGAGGCUGGAAUAUAGCUGCGGCAGCAA